GUUGCUUAACCGAACAAGCCAUAAAGCAGAACCUUCCUCUCGUCUCCCGCAAGGCCACAAACCCAUCUUCCCAUAGCCCAAGCAAACCACGCGCUACCAUGUUCCUCACGAGGACGGAGUACGACCGCGGCGUGAACACCUUCUCCCCGGAGGGGCGGCUGUUCCAGGUCGAGUACGCCAUCGAGGCCAUCAAGUUGGGAUCUACUGCAAUCGGGUUGAAGACGAAGGAUGGGGUUGUUCUUGCUGUGGAGAAACGUGUGACGUCUCCAUUGCUGGAACCUAGCAGUGUUGAGAAAAUUAUGGAAAUUGAUGAGCAUGUAGGCUGUGCCAUGAGUGGCCUUAUUGCUGAUGCAAGAACAUUGGUUGAGCAUGCUCGUGUGGAGACCCAAAACCAUAGAUUCUCAUAUGGGGAACCGUUGACAGUUGAGUCCACCACACAAGCUAUUUGCGAUCUAGCUCUUCGCUUUGGAGAAGGUGAAGAAGAGUCUAUGUCACGACCUUUUGGAGUUUCUCUUCUUAUUGCUGGUCAUGAUGAAAAUGGGCCGAGCUUGUACUACACUGACCCAUCUGGAACCUUUUGGCAGUGCAAUGCUAAGGCAAUAGGGUCAGGCUCUGAAGGUGCCGAUAGUUCCUUACAGGAGCAGUUUAACAAGGAGCUGGCCCUUCAGGAGGCUGAAACCAUUGCUCUAUCUAUCCUGAAACAGGUUAUGGAAGAAAAGGUGACUCCAACUAAUGUAGACAUCGCCAAGGUCGCACCGAACUACCACCUUUACACCCCUGCAGAGGUCGAAGCAGUCAUAGCACGAUUGUGAAAAGCGGAAAUCUUUGUCGAAUGUCAAUCAGGAUUCAUAUGUUCCUUCUGCUGUGUGUCUGACAUCCUGAUGCCUUUAAUUUAGCAGAAGCACAAUUGCUCGAUGAUAUGGACACUGAUGUUUGCCUCUUUUGGUUUGAUUAUGUGGUGUUGUAAAAUUCAAAAAAUAAUAAUUAUUAUGUGGUGUUGACAAGAAGGUUUAGAGGCCUAGAUGUUGUUGCCUUCUCACGUGCCGGGAAGGAGAUUGUACACCUUUUUUUUAUACGAAGGAUUUGUGGCAAUAGCAUGCAGUAUUUGAGUAA